GGUUGACUUCUUUAUUCCUGGUGUGUCUGUAGUUGGGGGAUUCUCAAUAUGUUCAAGCCCUGGCCUGUUGGAACGAGAAGGAAUAUUAGAGCUGGCAGUAAAGCACACUGCUCAUCCUCCUGCCCAUUGGGUUCACACUGAGUGUGCUCUUGACUCAGAAGUGGCUCUUCGAGUGGGAGGUGAUUUCUUCUUUGAUCCUCAGCCCGGUGACUCCCCUGUAAAACUAGUGCUGAUAGCAGGGGGUGUUGGAAUUAACCCAUUGUUUUCUAUACUGCUGCAUAUAGCAGAUCUUCAUGGAUACCAAGAGGGUAAAGGAAAUGGAUACAAAAUGGGAACAGUGAAGCUGUACUACAGUGCAAAAAAGACAAGUGAACUCUUAUUUAAGGAACGUAUCCUGGGCUUGAUGAAUGCGUUUCCUGGGAAGAUCAUGUGUCGCUUCCACACCACCCAGCAGAGCUCACUCGUCUGCGAAGAGCUUCAGCCACAUGUUACAGAGGGAAGAAUAUCCAAAAAGGAUCUAGAAAAACAUGCAUCUAAGGAUACUUUAUGGUACAUCUGUGGUCCACCUCCAAUGAUAGAAUCUAUAUCCAACUUACUAGCCAACAUCGGUGUCCCGAGAAACUCUAUUUUCUUUGAGAAAUGGUGGUAGUGACAUCAGCUGAACAGAAAAUAUUUGUUUCCGGGGCAUUUCAGUAAGCUGAAAUAUACAGGAAUGGACUGAACUUUUUGGAAAAUUUUACUUCAUAUAGGAUGUCCUCAAUUGUAAUUGUGUUCCUUUUAAUUUAACUAUAAUACAGCUAUAAUACAGUGCUGCUGCUUUUGGGGGAAAAAAAAGUGAUUUUAUAUUAAAGACAUUAACUGUU